AAUCGAGACGAAGAACCGGGUUAAUCAAAGUUUCGAAGUAUACUGGGAACAGCUUCAAAUUUGACUUUGCCAGGUGAUUAAGUUAAAACAAUGGGGAGCAACUGCACAGUACAAGGCCACUUUUGAAGGCAUGGACCUGUUUAACCAUGGAGACCAGCUACCAAAGUUUUCUGAGCCAUGGAAUUUUAGUGACACUGUAUUAGUGGUAGAGGACAAGCGCUUUCAUGUACACAGAUCCAUUUUGGCCAUCAGCUCACCUGUGUUCAACACAAUGUUCCAGUCAAGCUUUAAAGAAGCUACAUCAACAGAAAUUCCCUUCCCAGGGAAGAAGGCAGAAAAAAUUUAUGAAUUACUGUGUAUGAUAUAUCCAUUUCCACUACAGAUUUCUGAUCAGCAUGAUGUAAGAAGCCUUUUGGAGUUGUCCCGAGAAUACCAGAUAAGUAAACUGAGUGCUCGCUGUGAAGAGCGUCUCUUACAGAAACAGAGCUCGGUCGAACUGGUGAUCCUGGCGCAGGAAUUCUCGCUGACGCGGCUACUUGAAAAAUGUUUGGCCUCCCUCGCAAGAAUGAACAUUCAAGAGCUCAAGAACAGUCCAAAUUUCGACAAUAUCGAAGCGGAAAAUCUAGUUUCCCUCUUAAAUAAUCACCUUCGCUGGCUCAAAGAACAGCAUGCCCGCGAAAUAAGGCAACUAAGAGAACAAUUCUUGAAAGAGAAAGGUCGAGCUUUGGAGAUUGCCAACGAGUUAAAUAGUUGUUGGGGUUACAACAAACUGCCAAUCAGAGGCUGCGCAUGUGCCUCGUACACCAAGUCAUGUGACAACUGUUGUACAGUCUUGGAAAAAUUUGUCAAGACAAAAUGCGGUGAACUUAUCGAGGCAUUACAACAGAACGUGUAAUCUGUGGGCAAAACUGUGAAAAGAGAAGCUGUCUUGGCUUUGAUAGCGACUCUCCCUUCAUACUGAUGAACUGAGUGUAACAGGGACUCAAACGACACCAUCUAUUAGCGGGUUCGAAAAAACGAAUUUUGCAGAAAAGGGGCCCAAUGGCAGACGUGAUUGUGGUUUAUUCUAACAGGCCGUAAGGGAGUAUAGAGGCAUCCUUCCGCGGAAAUGUUUGAUAUUUAAAACAUACACUAAUGCCAUUUGGCUCAUUUCGGAACUCAUUUCGUCGAAAUGUCUUUGCCGCUUUCGAGGAUUCUUAAAGCCGCUUUUACGCAUAUCAGUGACACUGCGUUUGCCGUCCUCUCCCUUUUCUCCCAGAAGGUGUAGGGGGGUGAACAGUGAAAAGAUAAUUUGGUGAGGGGAGGGAGGGAGGGAGCGCGGGCAUUGUGCCUGGUACUAACUGUUGCUGCAAUAUCAACACGUUUAUCAUUUCGUCGCCACACCCACAUUCCUAGAAUUAAUAACUUCGCUAUUUUUUGGAAACUAAUGCGGCCGCCGUGACGUCAUAGGAAAACGGUCCAUGGCUGGUGUGACAUUCCCGCACAGCGGCAAAAUAAGUGCGCAUGUUCGGCAGAUAUGGCGUUUUCGGGGAGCGUUUGACUCCAAUUUGUAUUUAUUUAUUACAGAUUCCCUUCACUAGAAUACACAACAAAUAAUGUAAAUUACAAUUAAGGUUAAUAAAAACCAUAAAAGGAAAAACUGUGGAGAAGGGGACAACCAAAAGCGCUGACGCACCAUACAAGGGAUGCCCCCUCUAAUUAAAGUGUAGUAAAACUAUAUAGAAAUAUGAAAAUAGAUGCCCUAAUUAUCUUUAUCCUUAAUAAAACUUAAAACAUUUUUUUUAAAAGUUUCAA